CUUCAGACGCCUAGAAACCAACCACAUAUAUCCUUGCCCAGGAUUACGAUUUGCUUCGAGGUCGAUAAGCAAGUCAUAUAGUUCCGGAGAUGGGUUCGCAAACUCUACUAAUUUGAAAGCAUCCACUUAUUCUGCCAGUUUCACUGCAGAGGUAUUUGGGCCUCAUAUAAGCGCAGACACAACAUGGCCGACUUUCUUACAGCGGUGUCCACCAAGAAGACCAAGGAUGCCGAACCUUUCAUUCGAGAGGUAAAGGCUUUGAACAUUCAGGACGACUUCUCCAUCAAUUCUGCAGACUCGGCGCUCAAGGCCCUCAAGAAUCAACCGAGCCGUAGGACUGUAAAUAACGUCUUUGAAUACCUGACCACGCAAGGGUUCAGCCUCCUGCUUCCAGAGCCUUUGAAUGCGACCAUAGCGCAUCAGCUCGUUAACGAUACAAUACCAAACUACUGGAGAUCUUUGAGGAAAUCUCCGCAAAUAACACUACUCGCGCAAGUGCUGAGGAAUCCAACUGGUCUUGGACACAUCAUUACGCGUCUGCGUACACUCAUCGAGGAUAGUCGACAGAAGAAACCAUCAGGUCAAGCGCGCAAUACGUUAGAACAUGUCGAAGAUAUGCUCGAUGUGCUUCAUCAAAUACUGUACGGCAAUCACACAUCAAGUUUCGUCUUACACGAUGUCCUGGCUUACAGCAAGAGUGCUGUGCAAAAGAAACUCAUUUGGAGGGAGUAUCUCGCACUGACAGCGUCCGGUCGGAUACUAUCGAUCGCAGCUGAAGCUGAAGACGUUCUCAAGAAGAUUGAAAUAUCUAGGACUGUCGGCUGGAUCGCUGAUGGCAAUGCAUUUGCAGCAUGGCUCGGACAAAAUCUUGCUUCCCUGGUAAUCAACGGCAAAGAGAGCGAGGAAUAUCACUUAGCCGUUACAGAGUUUUGCUCGAAGGCACUAGGACUAGGCUAUACCGAUCGCAUUGUCAGCUCUCUCUUCUCUGCUCUCAUCGACAGUGGCUGUACCGCGCUUUUCACUAGUCUCAUAUCAAGGAUGAAAGGUUUUGAGCAGCGGAAGUACCUCAAUGCUGUCAUCGUCGCCAUUGUCAAGCAAUACUUUGCAUCGGACGCCGUCAGCAAGAAUGAUGCGCCUAUUCUGGUCUCAAAAACAAUAUCUGACGUGGCUGCUUUCCUCUAUAGCAUCAUUGCUGACAAUGAUGUACUGCAAGGGCAUCUCGUCUCAUCACUUACACGGUCAACUAUCUCAUCGCUUGACGACUCAUUAGCAGCUCGUCGAAGUGUCAUAGCCUCGUUGGCUAAGAACGAAAAUAGUCUGCAGGCGCUGCUUGAGAAUAGUAUAAAGUUAUUCGGAGACUCCAUGUACGUAAGGCAUACGCCUGUUCUGCAGCAAGAAGUUCUUGCUCAAAAUCUAGCACUAUGCUGUGGCUACGUCUAUCGCUGCCAACCCAUGUUUCUCACCAUGAUGGCCAAAUCUACGUACCAUGUCAAUGGACUGUCGAACCGCAUCGGCGCACCCUCAGCCAGAGCACGUUUUCUCGGUAUCGCUGUCGGUAUAGCUAUCUCAGAAAUGGUCGAUAAGCCAGACCUUCGGUUGAAGUUCGACCUGGAGGAUAACGCAGUUGAAGAAGCGAAAUGGUACCGGCGCCUUACCGAAGCUAACGACAGGAUGGGAAGCAUCGUAGAUCUCAAGGUGCAAAGCACGAGCUUGGCACAGGACAAAAGAGCUCCAUCAAAACUCAAACCAACGCCUAAGCCUUCAAAGAUACCCGCAAUCACCGAAUUACAUAGUCCACGAGUUGUCGAGGUUUUGUCGGAGUCCGAAGAUGAAGACGCCGAUCUUGUACCCUAUGAGAAACCAGACUCUGACCCAGAAGAUGAUGGUGAUGAUCCGGAGGUUAUCAAUCGUAAUAAGCCCACCACGCCGAUCUACAUUCGAGACCUGAUUGUAGGGCUACGUGAUCAAGAGAAUUACGAUAGGCACGAACUCGCGUUAGCUACCGCUGCAUCUCUAAUCAGACGCAAAGCGAACUUUGGGACGGAAGUCAUUGACCAUCUCGAAGAACUCGCUACUACCUUUACAGGUCUCCAGGAUAACCUAGAGCUGGAAGGCUUCACACAGCAGAGGCAGCAAGCCCUGAUUGCCGUGCUCCUUGCCAAACCAGCGCAAAUGGCGCAAUGGUUCGCGCGGUCUUUCUUCUCUGGAGACCACAGUCUCACGCAACGCAUUGCCAUGCUUACGACCCUUGGUCUGGGAGCACGCGAACUUGCGGGUGUCAAGGACUCGGCGACAGAAGAGCUGAUCCCAGCACAGCCAUCUUUCCCAAGCAAACAGCUCCCACCACACCUACACAAGAUCUACGCAGAAGACAAAGCUGCAGACCCGGUAGCCAAGUUAUCGAGUAGCAUGGCCCGAGAAAUGCUCUCGCCCAUUGCUAGUCAAGCCGCUGACCAACUCAGUGGACCCGACAUCCUCAAAGUACGAACCUUUAGUUCACGCAUGGAAGUCGAAAAGAAGCGUCAAAAGCCCAUUCCCAACGCACUGGCCCAGAUUGUUGCGGAUAAUUUCUUCUUCCCGCUCACCGGCCGUUGGUGGCUCCAGAUCCGCUCAAGCAGCGACUCAAUCUACACAUCGACGCAUCUGCUCCCACCUUUCCUACAGACUUUGUCCCUCCUUUUGAACGCUUCGGGGCCCAACACGCUGGCUUUGCCACAGAUGACGCGCGAAUAUUGGGAUCUGUUACUAUCGGUUCGCAGGCUUGCGAGCCAAGAUAAGAACAUCUUGAGCGCGGUUUUGUUCGGGUUCUUAAUGAUUCUGGAAACAAACGAGAACAAGGAGCGGCUAGCGACUGAGCAGGGUAAGGAACUCGUGGAGACGCAGGCUUGGGUGAAGAUGGUGUUUGAAGGGCUAGGUGCUGGGAGUGAGGAGGAUGAGAAGGUUAGAGUAUUGGCUGCGGGUGUGGUGGUGAGGUGUCAGGAGGUGGUAGAGAAGUAUCAGAGGAGGAUGGUGGGCGCGUUGAUGGACUAUUAGUGGAAGAUGAUCCGCCAUUCGCGACAGACUGCGCGAUUGCUCUCUAUGCAAGCCAAGGUUAACUCUUUGUAUUAAAGGAUCAAGGCUGACCUUGGGGGAUGUGGAGAACUAGUUAGCAUCUACCCGUGAAGUUCAUGCACAAUGGCCCUAGAAUGCUCGAGAGACGGGAGGACACUGCAGCAUCAGCUCCCGCAGUGCCGGUAAGCGUCUUGGUGUUCCUGGUGCUGCCCCCACAUUGGGAAACCUGGCAACAACAACAACGCAAUGCUGACGCGACGCGACCUUUAG